CAGUCCGGCUUGAAAAUCGAGCAGUCUGCGAUGCGGCAAUGGUCUAUACCCGUCUCCCAUGUGCGCAUAGGCUAGCCUCCUCCGCAUGGCGCACACGAGUGUAUCCUCCGACCACACCAUUCCUCCCGUCUUACGAGGGCGGGAGACGAAUCUAUUCAACACCUAGCCACUCCCACGACGUUGCCAUUCUUGGGGGUGGCAUCACCGGCCUGGCCAGCGCCUACUUUCUUAACCGUCAGCAUCCCAAUGCCAAAAUUACGCUGUAUGAAGCGAAAGACCGCAUGGGAGGAUGGCUGGAAUCCAAGCGCGUGCCCGUUGAGGGUGGCAAUGUGUUAUUCGAAGCUGGUCCUCGAACCUUGCGGCCCCAGGGGAAUGGAGUCUUAGCAGCGAAACUGAUGCAAGAGCUAGACUUGGCCAAGGACGCCAUUUUCACUCAAAAAACCUCGCCUGCCGCUCGUAGCCGCUUUCUCUACUAUCCCGAUCGCCUCGUACGUAUGCCACACCCGUCCUUUGGCCUGGCAGAGAUCAUGUGGAGCUUGGCAACAGAGCCAGUGUUCAAGACUGCUAUAUGGGGCAUCGUGAAAGAGCCCCUCAGCCGACCGAGAGAUCCUAGCGAUCCUAGCCUACAAGAUGAGAGCGUAGGUGAAUUCUUCUCGCGCCGAUUCACCAAGUCGAUCGUGGAUAACAUCUUGAGUGCUGUGAUUCAUGGCAUCUACGCUGGUGACGUGUACAAACUGUCUGUCAAGAGUCUGUUCCCAAAGGCAUGGUGGGCAGAGGCCGAACAACGCAGUGUCUUGCUGGGCAUGAUGAAAGCAAGAUUAGAAGGCCCUGAGGUGACGAAGAGCGAAGCGGACUUCUUGCAGGAUAUGAAAAACUUCUCGUGGGAUCCGCUGCUUAAAAGCACCCUCAAAGACAACUCUGUUUUCACAUUCUCGGACGGUAUGGGCAUGCUAGCCGAAAGGCUGCAUGCGAAGCUAUUCGAGACUGGACGUGUUGAUUUUAAGACGAACACCGCCGUUGAGUCUAUCAAACAGGCCGAUGGCAAUGCAGGAAUUGAACUCACGACAGCUGGCUCCACGGAAUCACGCAAGCACACCCACAUAAUAUCUUCGUUAUCGCCAGAUCACCUGAACAAAGUAGCAGGGACCGGUCUAAUUGGGCACGUUCCUACGGUGAACGUGAUGACUGUCAACUUGUACUUCCGCACCCCUGACAUGCACGAGCCCGGAUUUGGCUACCUCAUACCGCGAGCGACGCCAUUCGAGCAGAAUCCAGAACGUGCAUUGGGUGUCGUAUUUGACACUGCUUACUCGCCGUCGCCAAGCGAUGUCGACACGAAAAACUGGAAGCAUUUGAGCGCGGGUGAGCUGAAGGCCGCGCGUGAAUCCGGGCAGAUCGUCAACGUGAAUGACUUCUCUUGGUACAAUAUGCCACAGACACCGAACAUGCAGGAUCAUGUCCAAAGCAGGGGUACAAAGGUGACCGUUAUGCUUGGUGGACACUGGUGGGAUGGUUGGCCUUCAUUUCCCGACGAGAAGGAAGGUUUGGCACUCGCUCGAUCUGUACUGGAACGCCAUCUCGGCAUCAAGGAAGAGCCAGAGGUCUGGCAAGUCAACUUCCAGAAGGACUGCAUUCCACAGUAUACACUGGGUCACGAACAAAGACUCAAGGAUGCCCACAACAGGAUCUGGCGUGACUACAAGGGUAGGCUGCGCGUUGCAGGGAACUGGAUGUCCGGAGUAGGCGUCAACGACUGCCUGCGUAGCGCAUAUGAGGUAGCCAAGAACUUCUCUGGCGACGGCACAGGACUUGAGCGCGUCGGGGAGGCCCGUACUGUCCGUCUGCCGCCUACACUGCCCGGUCCCAGCCAGAACAGGACUGAACAAUAAAUAUCUAGGUAACACCAGCGUUGUACAUAUAGGCAGCUAAAAUACACAAAGUACCUUACCU